AUGUCUUCAAUAUUCAGAGUGACAUCGCAAUAUAACGAGAAGAUUGACCUGCGUUCGGCUGAGGGACGCGUCGCACCAUCACGAAAUCAGAAGACGCUAGUCUCGAGCCGAGCCCCUUUCCUGAGCGGGUUUACAGGCUAUGAGCUCUAUGAACAGAUAGGGGGAGGCGGGUUUUCAACGGUCUGGCGUGCGGUCCAUUUCGAGGACAAGCGCGUCGCAGCAUGCAAGGUUGUCUUGCUAACGCCGGAGACGACCCAACAAGAGCGAAAAGCACUGGACAAAGAGAUGCGCGUACACACGAAUCUCAAGCAUUCGAACAUACUCGCGUUCAUCAGCGCGGUCAAGGUUGAGCCUGAUGUGGCCUCAAUCUACACCCCUGGACUGUACAUGCUCUUAGAGAUUGCGGCAGGAGGCGAUUUAUUUGACAAAAUCGCCCCUAACAUCGGUAUCGGAGAAGAAAUGGCGCAUUAUUAUUUCCUGCAGAUGAUGUCUGGCCUCAUUUACAUGCACGGAGAGGGUGUCUGCCAUCGGGAUCUGAAACCCGAAAACCUGCUGCUCGAUGGGGCAGGGGUUCUCAAAAUCUCCGACUUCGGGUUAUGCUCUGUAUACAUGCUCAAAGAGUCGGGAAAGACCCGCUUGCUCACCGAUCGCGUCGGGAGUCUGCCGUACAUGGCCCCUGAGCUCGCCAUCGAUGGUCCAUAUUCUGCCGAGCCCAUCGACGUUUGGGGUGCCGGUGUCAUCCUGUAUGCCAUGCUCGCCGGAAAUACUCCAUGGGACGAGCCGACCAAGCGCAGCUACGAAUAUGCGCAAUACAUCACCGGGCGCUGCUUCAAUGAGGCGCCUUGGAAUACGUUCGGUAAUGAUGUCUUGUCCCUUCUCACCGGCAUGCUCGCCCUCGCGCCAUCGCGCCGGAUGUCACUGGGCGAUGUGUGUGCGCAUCCGUGGAUGAUACGGCCAAGUCAGAUUGCACGACACGGCCUGUCUUUUCUGGCAGACUCUCUUAUGCAAUCCUUGCGCGCCACUGGCGAUCUCGCAAUUGCCAAUCCAGACAUUUCAGCCAAUGUCGACCCCGACGGAGACCAGAUUAUGGCUACUGCGCAGCGUACGCAAUUCACGCAGUCGCUACUGCUCUUUUCACAAACGCAAAACGGAACUCGGUACAUGCCGCAGCUCACGCGCUUCUACACGCAAGUUGGGCCAUACGAUUUGCUACCGCUCAUCCAAGAGGCCCUCACGGACCUUGGCGUGAAGUGGAAAGAGGCUGUUGAAGUCGAGCUUGGGACAACAAGAGAUGGUGUUGAGGACAUAAUGUUGCGUAUGCGGAUCGGUGGGCACGACCCGCGCCGGCUACUUUUCAAGGGCUGGGUGGAGCUCGAGGAUUUUAGCUACGCUGGAAAAGAGGGAGGUUUCUGUGUCAUGCUUCGAGACCAGGGAAAUCCUCUCUCUUGGCGAGCGCUCUGGAAGUCCGUCAUCGAGCAUCCUAUUGUUCGCCCCCACGUCUUUUUCAAGGGAUCGUGA